CCGCGUCACAGGCAACGAUACUAUCCUCAAUCCCCACCUACCAUUCACAGCUACAGGAGGAAGAUCGACCGGCCGUGGACGGCGAAACCAACAGGCAGAGAGAUGGGGUAUUCCGUGGUGAUUGCCGCCGGGGCUCGACUCUCCUACAGCCAGUCGUCCGUGGAGGUCCUCCACCGGAACCGCGUCCCAGCGGCGGCCCCUCUCCGCCGCGGCUCCUCCACCGUCGCGGUGCGCGCGGAGGGCGUGGGGAUCAACCCUGACGUCCGCAAGAACGAGGAGAAGGUCGUCGACUCCGUCGUCGUCUCCGAGCUCUCCAAGCCCCUCACCGCGUAUUGCCGGUGCUGGAGAUCGGGCACGUUCCCUCUCUGCGACGGCAGCCAUGUGAAGCACAACAAAGCUACCGGCGACAACGUUGGGCCGCUGCUUCUCAAGAAAUAACGCAGAAGUCCGAUCCUUGAAAACCUCGUGCUGAAUGAAUGCUUUCACUUGAAUCAGAGCCAAAGAGUAUAAUUGUAUUGGAGCAGGUGACUUUGUUGGAUGCUCAAUUCAUACGAUUCCUUCCGCUGCUUAUGUUAAGUUUGUUCGUCUUUGUUUUGGAGAGAUCAAUAUAUGCUUCUUGUAAUGUAGUGCAA